GGAGAAGUAGAAGGGAUAAUAAACUUGUGGAGAACUCGCGCUACAAUCACCUUCAUCGUACGGCUCAUAUUGAUCCUACCAGAAAUCAAUUCAACUAUAUUAUCCACAUUCAAAAUCCCUUGUAUUUCUUCUACACAGAACAGAAGAAUUGAAAAAAAAAAAAAGCCCUAAUUUAGAAAUUCAAUGGCGUCGUUGAACAUGUUCGUCAGUCCGAUAGCAACCGUAACCGCACAACAACAUCGAAGUAGAGUAUACACCGCGGCUACGGCGUCGAAGAGCUCCGGUGGAAGUACUGAGGAGAAAUCGCUUUUGGAUUUUAUACUUGGUGCAUUGCAGAAGCAAGACCAGCUAUUGGAGACAGAUCCACUGCUGAAAAAAGUAGAGGAAAAGAGUGUAAGCACCACCAGUUCUGGGCGGAAGAACUCUGUUGCUGUUCCUCCGAAGAAGAAUUCAAAUGGCGGUGGAUUUGCAGGAUUUGGUGGUCUCUUUAAUAAGAAGGACUGAUUUCUACUAUGUGAGAUCUGCUUAAUUUUUUUUUGAGAAUUGGGAAAAACACAAAAAUUCUUCUUCCUUGUAUGAAAUUUAUAAUUUACUUGGCUCUGUAAUCUAUUACUACUAUUAAAUUGAAUUGAACAAUUCAUCACAGCUACUUGCUUGA